CGGUGCGCGUGCGCGGAGGCCUGCGCGCUCUGCGGCGCGGUCCGCGGCGGAGGCGGCUCGUGCGGAUAGGGGGUGGCGGAUGGCUCUGCGGGGCCCGGCAGUCUUCGGGCCCGGUUCCCGCGGGUCGUUGGGCGAGGCUGGAGCCGAAGGGCGCGAGGCGGCGGCCCUUGCGGCGGCGGGAGUCGCGCUGGAGGACGAUGAGGAGGACGAUGGCCGCCGGGGCCUGCUGCGCUGGGACGGCUUCUCGGCCUGGCUACACUGCGUGUGUGUGGUGGGCUUCGACCUGGAGCUGGGCCAGGCGGUGGAGGUGAUUUAUCCUCAGCAUUCCAAACUUACUGAUAAAGAAAAAACGAAUAUUUGCUAUUUGUCUUUUCCAGACUCAAAUUCAGGUUGUCUUGGAGAUACCCAGUUUUGCUUUAGAUUCCGCCAGUCUUCUGGGAGGAGGGUAUCACUACACUGUCUUCUUGAUGAAUUUGACAAAGAUUUACCAGUUUACUUAAAGAAAGAUCCCGCAUAUUUUUAUGGAUAUGUGUAUUUUCGACAAGUUCGAGAUAAAACUCUUAAAAGAGGCUACUUUCAGAAGUCAUUGGUUUUGAUCAGCAAACUACCUUAUAUUCAUUUUUUUCACACCGUACUCAAACAGAUAGCACCAGAGUAUUUUGAAAAAAAUGAACCUUACUUGGAAGCAGCUUGUAAUGAUGUUGACCGAUGGCCUGCCCCAGUGCCAGGGAAAACACUGCAUCUGCCUAUCAUGGGAAUAGUAAUGAAGGUUCGGAUUCCCACGUGUCAUGACAAGCCUGGGACCACGCAGAUGGUGCAGUUAACUCAGCAGGCAGAUACACAUACAUCCAUUAUUUUGCCUACUGUUCAUGAGGUGGAUCUUUUCAGGUGUUUCUGCCCAGUUUUUCUUCACAGUCAGAUGCUUUGGGAGUUGGUGCUGUUGGGAGAGCCCCUUGUGGUCAUGGCACCGUCGCCAUCAGAGUCUUCAGAAACUGUACUGGCCCUUGUUAGCUGUAUUUCUCCAUUAAAAUACUUUAGUGAUUUUCGACCUUACUUCACGAUUCAUGAUAGUGAAUUCAAAGAAUAUACUACCCGUACUCAAGCUCCGCCCUCAGUCAUCUUAGGAGUAACCAACCCCUUUUUUGCUAAAACACUACAGCACUGGCCGCACAUUAUUCGAAUAGGAGAUCUUAAACCUGCAGGUGAAAUUCCUAAGCAAGUUAAAGUGAAAAAGCUGAAGAACCUAAAAACUCUGGAUUCUAAACCUGGGGUUUAUACUUCUUACAAGCCAUAUCUAAACAGAGAUGAGGAGAUCAUAAAACAACUCCAGAAGGGUGUACAGCAGAAACGUCCUUCUGAGGCCCAAAGCGUUAUUCUCCGACGCUAUUUUUUGGAACUGACACAAAGUUUCAUCAUUCCAUUAGAAAGAUACGUGGCAAGCUUGAUGCCUUUGCAGAAAAGUAUUUCUCCGUGGAAGAGUCCACCCCAGUUAAGGCAGUUCCUUCCAGAAGAAUUUAUGAAAACACUUGAGAAAACGGGGCCUCAGCUCACCUCUGGAAUAAAGGGCGAUUGGAUUGGACUGUACCGGCAGUUUCUAAAGUCUCCAAAUUUUGAUGGCUGGUUCAAGACCCGACGGAAAGAAAUGACCCAAAAAUUGGAGGCCCUUCAUCUAGAAGCUCUUUGUGAAGAGGACCUCCUUCUCUGGAUCCAGAAACACACAGAAGUAGAAACAGUGGACCUUGUAUUGAAGCUGAAAAAUAAGUUGUUGCAGGCUGACCGAGAGAAUUUACCUGUGAAACCUGACACUGUGGAGAAGUUACGGACACAUAUAGAUGCAAUUAUCCUAGCCUUACCAGAGGAUCUGCAAGGCAUACUGCUCAAGACUGGCAUGACAUGAUACUUGCCAGGUUUUCCAGCCAGAAAGGACUGUGAACCGUGAAGCAUACUGACACUUCAUCUAGACGCAUACAGGAGCUAUCUCAGUGGCAGUAGCACGGAAACCAGCAGCAAUUGCUAGACACAGGUGGAAAGACUGAGCAUAUAAACAGACAUUUUUAGUGCAUUCUGUGGUGGUUCCACAAUACUGAAAUACCGAAAGACAUUUCCAUAUUUUUAAUCACGUUCUAAAGUGCUCUUAUGAGAGACCUAUGGGGCCAUCAAUGUAAGUGACUCCAAACUGCAAUGCCGGCAUUGCAGAUAUUUUUUUAAAUUGGUGCUGCUUUGCCCAAUCAUGUUGAAACUCAGGGGAAUAUAAAAAUAAUGUUCACACUGGCUGUCUUUUUAAGGAGGAAAAACCGAACUUUCCAACUAUAGUUAGAUAUAACUGAGGCUUAUGUAGUGCCUUCCAUUGUCCUAAAUGUUUCACAGGGUCCAGCUGCUAAUUGUAAAGCUUUUUUUUUCUUUCUUUUUUAAAAAAUUAUGAUUCAUAACUUUAAAGGCAUUAUGUCAAGUAAUCACUUGCUCAAUAGUGUUUCUUGUUGCCCCUCAUGUUUAUUGACUGGUGUUUUAAAUUAUCAUGUAAGUUUUCAUGUCGCAACUCUACCAUUUUCACAAGUACGACUUAGGAGUUUUUCCAAAGGAAGGAGGCAUAUGUCGUUCUGGUUAUGGAAGAGCUGAUUUCUCCCUUCCCUUUUACUCACUGGGCCUGGAUACACUAAUUAGCUUGAGUAUCUUUUGAAAACAUUCUCAGUAUGAACAUCAUAGUAGGUUGUUUUUUUAAAUAAUUACUCUUAUGUCAAAGAUACCCAUAAGCCAUUCAUAUAAUAAUUAUUUGAGAAUUUUACAUUUACUUUUCAACAUUAUUGGGUAACACUAUUUUCCCUAAUGGAUGAUUUUCAGAAGACUUUUCCUGUUGUUGUUUGACAUGGGACCUGUUGUGUAAAUGAGCGUUAUACUUGUGUUUGUUUUCAUUUUGUUUGUACUACCUUGCCAAAAGUAGAAUGAGAUAGUUUGGUUUGUGUUUAGAUGGGAGUGUCUGCAGAAGCCACUGUUCAGAGAGGCACACACAAAGUAGCACGUAUGUAAAUAGCUGUGAACAGCCAAAACUAGGAGUAUGUGUUUGUCACACAGUGGCUUCAGAAGCCAUCUCUUGUUCUCUGUUGAUGUUAUUUUUAAGGGCAUUCCUGAUCCAAGAAGUUUUCUCUAUGCUUGUGACUGUGGUCUCAUAUCCAAGAAUACCCUAUUCAUGGAUACAGUCUUUUGAAGCAUACCACUGUCCUAGAAAGAAUAUGGCAUUUGAAUGAAAUCAUUUGUCUGGAUUGAAUGGGUUAUUUUGUGAAACAAUACUGACCUUUCAGAAAAGGGGCAACUACUUUUAUAUGCUAAAGUACUUCAUAACUUUCUGGGAAACUUUAUUUAGGUAGAAAUGGUCAUCUUAUUAUUUUUCAAAAAGUGUAUUUUAAUAAUUUCACAAUUUAUAGACAGUUUGUGACAUGAAUAUGAAUGUCAUUAGUAAGAUUUUUGAAAUAUACUUCUACAGGAUAUAUCAUUUUGAAGUUAAUUUUGCACACCUAAAGAAAAACAUGAAAUGUCAAUUAGCAUGAAAAUGCUGCUUUUACGUUUACCACAUAUAACAAACUCAACACAUGUUGAAAACCAAAUCAUAUUCACAUAGUUUAUCUCUUAAUUUCAAAUUAUGUACCUACAAAAAUAGCAUAAGGUUGCAUUGGAAACCCGAGGAAGACUGAAUGGUAACUUAAAUUUUUCAUGUGAUUUUCAGAAUUGUCUCUUUCUUUGUUUUUAAAGAGCUUAGUAUUCAAACCUGCCGUCUAAUGUGUUAUCUCCACCAGCAUCAGAAGGAAUCAGUGCUUCUAGGGUGUUAUGUAAUGCCUAGUGCCUUCUAUUUACAGUGGAAAAGAGGUUUUGUGGAGGCAUUUAUGGUCAUUACCAAAAGCUUGAAUUAAAGGCCUUGGAUUUUAAAACACUUA